CUUCCUAUUAUUAGCUGCCAGCGAUUGUACGGGAGUCAUAUAAAAAGGCGGAGCAAAAACCAGGAUUAAUCAUUCGCAGUUCACUGUGCAACAAAUAAACUUAUCGAAAUGGCAGCUAAGUUCGUCGUUGUAGCUCUCUUGGUGGCGGCUGCUCAGGGCAGCGCCAUCCACGGUGGAAAUUACAACAGCUUCUCCUACGGAGUGUCGGACCCCCACACCGGUGACGUGAAGAGUCAACACGAGACCCGCGUGGGCGACAGCGUGGUCGGGCAGUACUCGCUGCUGGACUCCGACGGCACGAAGCGCACCGUCGACUACGCCGCUGAUGCCCACUCUGGCUUCAACGCCGUCGUGCGCAAGGACCCUCUGAUCCACGCCGCGCCUGUUGCCGUUGCCCACGCCGCUCCUCUGGCCGUCGCUCACGCCGCUCCCGUGGCUUACGCCGCGCACGCCGCUCCCCUGGCGUAUGCCGCGCACGCCGCUCCUCUCGCCCACGUCGCCCACGGCGCUCCCCUCGCGUACGCCACCAGCGUCGCCCACGGUGCCCCCCUUGCCCACGCAUACGCCGCUCCCCUGGCGCACACCGCCUACGCCCACGGUGCCUACGCCGCCCCCCUCGCUCAUGUCGCCCAUGGCGCUCAUGGACUCGGAUACGCCGGCCAUUUGGGAUACUCCCACUACUAGACACUAAAUUAUCCUAGAUAAUAAAUACUCAAAUAUGCUAUGGGUUUUUACCAUGGCUACGAAACUGCUGUGAUUACGUCAAAUAAAUGACAUUAAAUUAAA